AUGGGCGAGGACAAGAAGUCAGGAGAGCUACCACGUCUGGGCCAGGGACAGGGAAUUAGCUUCACCAGUACCGAUAUGAUCUCCCGCUGCAACAACCGUCAGGAGUGUUCCCUGGCGGACUUCGUUAGCAGUUCAGGCUCCGAGAAGAUCCCGUAUGUGUAUAUGCCCAUGAAGCAUCAGCUGGUCCACCCCACAGCUGAGGUCGCCCUUCUAGGUCUGGAACACGGCGGGUCUCCUCUGUUGUCCCCCGUGUGUGUGGUCACCAAGGGCACCAUCCUCACUCAUGAUGGCUGGCAGAAUAUGGCCAAUACCUCCACCUUUGAGCCACCCUUCAGACUGUUUCGGGACAGUGGGAGGACGUACGUACAGUGGGUAGGGGAGGAGGCAGCCCGGGUGUCAGCUGAGGGCCGCUUAGUUCUGGUGACGCUCAUCUGUCGUGACGCCGCCCAGCCAAACACCCCGGUCUUCCGUCCCUGUCUAGCCUUCAGAGUCGCCGGCAGUCCUGGAGGUUCAGAGGCGGCCCUGUCAGCACCUGCCAGCGAGGAAGAAGUUGACCAGGGACUGUCCUCAGGUGAAGGCAUCAUCAUAGGCCUGGUGGUGACCUGCCUUGUCAUCAUCUACAUCGUCGCCAUGAUCAUCUACAUCAAGGUCAAGAGAAGGAAAAAGAGGGAGAAAGACAUGAGUAAGCUGGCUGAGGAGGGCGUCCGACCGUCCAAAAGUCGCAGAGGCAGAGAGAAGAGACCUUCACGUCCCCAGCCCAAGCCCUCCCUAGUGUCCUCAGCCGACGAACUUGACCAAGAGGACAUUGAAGACCUCUCGUUGGCCUCCAGGACCCGCCGAGCCAACCGGGAGAGAAACCACAUCAGCUUCACGACAGCGGUAGUUCACAGUGGCGGGGAAGGUGGCGCUCACGACUCAGCUGAUGGCAUUGAGAGAGCCCCGAGGUCACAUCUGGGAGUGGUGGAGACCCUCGGUGAGAACGGCACCAGCGAGAGUGGAGCGAGGGCCCUAGGGGUACUGAACCCUGAGGGGGGGUGUGAUGGCGUUCAAAGGGAAGUUCAGGAAGCUCAGGGCAAGAAGAAGCUAUACUUCAACCCAGCGUACUUCGAGCCUGAGAUGCUACAGUCUCCUCCUCCCGCGGCUCUGGAGUUCCUGACGAGGAUCCGAGAGAUGAUCAACAUUGCCAAGAGCAAGAUGAAGACCAAGACCUACCAGCCCAGCCUCUUCGACAUCCCCGAGGAUGACGCCGAGGGGUACUCCCGCCCCAUCAGCAGGUCUACCGGAAGGUCAAGUAGGAUGACCCUCCCAAUGGAUGAACUUGAGAACGAUGAGGAAGGUGUCUACCAGAGUGACGCCAGUAUACAGAGCGACUCCCUAGAGCGCCCAAGGGAAGGUGACAGUCGCAGCUCCACCCUCAAGAGACUCGCCAAGCGUGUCAACAGCCAAGGCGAGAGUUUCGUUAGUGAGAUUAUCAAGACUCUUGACCUGCGGCCCAGGAUGCCAAAUCCCGAGGCUAUCUACGGGGCUCACACACAGAAGGCUCAGGCACCCAAACCUCCGCCUCCCAAACCCAUCAAUGCUCGCAAUGAGUCACCUGUUGAGGCGGAGGACGACUUCCCUGAGUUGAUCAAACCAUCAAUGUUGAGGAGCGUUCUGAGGGACGGGAAGAGACUAACUGAUCUCAACAACACCUUCGAGAACUUCCGGCAGGAGAUGAUGGCAACUUUCCAUAAGAUGAAGAGAGUUGGUGAAGCCAUAUCUCCAAAGUCAACUCUGAACAGGGUAAAAAAUAGAAAGAAAUCGUCUCCAGCAAACACACUGGAGAAGAAUGUAUCUGAGUCCGGCACCAGCGAAGGGAAGGUUCAGAAAUGGCUACAAACACUAGAGGGUAAAAAUUCCUACACCAGAAUGCCGGAAAAUCAAAAUGUUGUGUUCGACUCUCGGACAGUGCUAGCACAAAGUGAUGCUCCGCCACCACUGCCGGAGAAGAACAGCAAACCUCCCACACCGCCCAGGAAAAAUAGAACAAUGGCGUAUCGCAGCGUUUCCUUCAGUGAAGUCAAAGAGCCUUCGUCUCACACCUCCUCGACUGGUCACCCAGAUGUCAACGAAGGUCCUGAUGGAGGGACACAACCAUCGUCAGGUAAGACCCAGGUGACCAGAUCACUGUCAUGGCAAAAUGAACACCGUCACUAUGACUCGAACCCAAGAAGACCCCGACAACAAGUUCCUCUGGUGGGGGAGGACACCUUAAAUACAUCCUUUGGCUCCGAGGACGACUCCCUCAAUGAUCUGCUCAGCGAGGCAGAAUCAAAAGUACCGAAGAUGACCCCCAGUGAUUCUGACAGUGCUUACUCAGACACAAAAUCGAGAUAUAAAGAAUCCUUAGAGUCUGGGAAGGAAGAAACAGACUCAAGUUCGAAAUCCCUGUCAAGACAAUUGCCUCGCGAAGAGUUAAUGACAGCUAGGAACGAAGUGUUUAAUAAAAAGACUGGUGCUAAAACUAUGUCCCGUUUAGUGAGGAAUAACGAAAGUCCUUACGAAAGAGUGAGCGAGGAAAAUAAUGUGGAUGAUUUUGACGAUGAACACACAUACGAGGAGAUACACUUCCCUGCUGGAUCAAAGCACAGACAGAAGAGAAAAGCUCCACAGAAACCAAGAGGCAAGAGACCCAACACCAGUGAGACACAGACAGGAAAAAUAAACAGACGUGAAGAGGACAAGAGUUUGUGCAGUAUUUAUAGUAACCCAGACUCCCUUAUUAGUGAGGUGAAAAUCGAAAAGUGCAACAGUCCCAUCUACUCCGGCUGUAAGGUGACCAUACCUGUGGUGGACAACAUGAACCCGGAGGAAGUAGAGGCUCCUGCUGGCUACGAUCAAGACACACUGGAAAAACGUGGUAGACGAGUUGAACGUAAUGGCAGUAUUAUCCAAGACUCACUUGAGAGGCCCAAUGUGAAGAAACAUAACAAUAAUAAGAAUGAGGACAACUCUGAAGGAAAUAAACCCCAGAGGAGAAUGACUCUUCCAGGAGACAAGUUUAAAAAUACAGAUAAAAGUCUAUUAGAUAUUUACGAGUCGAGGAGUAGCAACCGCAGCUUAAGAAGCUCGAGGAAUGAGUCCCCUGACCGGACAUACUCGCCAGUUAAGUUCUCUAAUCCUCCUUCACCCACUAAAACAGGUUCAUUCUAUCUUAAUAAUAUCAGCAACACCAUGAACAACACCAACAACAACAUUUUUAAUAAUAAUAAUGAUCCUCAGAAAACGUACAGAACCUUUAAAGAUUAUCAGGAAAUGCGAUUCCAACGAGGCUCUGAUACCUGUGAGGUGAGCAACAGUCCGCUGCCAGUAUCAGGGACCAGUAUUAAUUUUAACUUUCGAAGUUCAAGUCCUUCUAAUAAGGAACAGCGGGACAUAAGACCUCCACUGCCUCCCAAACAGACGCGAUUGUCUGAUAUCACCGACAUCUUCUCUCCAGAUUUGCCUCCAAAGAACCGCAGUGCUCCACCGCCUCUACCUCUUAAAGCAAACAGAAAAUCUGACUCAUCAGAAUCAGAGAUCGAUCGCCCAAAACUACCGGAAAAAUCACGCAAAAAGCCUCUUAAAGAUUCACCUCUCUCGCGAUCCUCCAGCGGGAGUUCAAUUCCAGAACUGACGGAGGAGGAAGCUCGUUCCAUCCUCCAUGGACUGCUUGCUCACACAGGGCCUGACGCCCAGAGACUCUCGCCUCUACAUGAAGAAGAUGAUGUCGAGGGUAAUUUUUUAGGGGUAGGGAACACUGCCGCCGACUGUGACUCUCGGGCCAGUGUUCCCUGCCUCGAUAUCUAUUCCUCGCCUUACCUUGAGACCCCGACCUCUUCGCUAUCCUCUUCUCCUGGAUGUGACAUAAAGGGUCAAGGGAGUAAAAGUCUCGGGAAAAGACUGGAGUCCAGUUUAGACCGUCGGCUUCUGAAUUGUGAGGAUAGUAUGGAGAAUCCAGGGUCGGCGGGGAGUGAGGCGAGGGUGAGUGGAGAGUUUAUACUUUCCACAAUCGGCCGCUCGCCUUCGCUCCGCCGCCAGUCGUCCCUCAGUAGAGAACAGACCAGCGGCUUCCUGGCAAAACUGAAAAACAUCUCCGACUCCGACAUUGACAACGAGGCAAUAUCUAAAGGGAUGGAGAUCGCCUUGGCCUUAAAAGCAAAGACCGACCUGGAGAAACACUUCAAGGAGAAGAGUGGAGCUGACAGUAUCAAGCGGACCUGGAGACGGAUAAUAGAGAAGGUUGACGACUCUAAGGAAGACAAGGAUAAAAUCUCCAUCAUGCAACUCCAACAAUACAUGGCGAGUCUAGACCAGAAGGAAAAGGAGACAAAGUUAAAGCAAGAGGACUCAGGUUACCAUAGUACAGACUCAAGUGAGUCAGCCAACAGCCGCACAAGCCACACCUCAGUAUUGUCCACCGCUCUUUCUUUAGCUUCAACCUGUGCCCCUCAGUCGACACUUGGUCUCAGCGGUAAGCUUCCUGUUCGGUCUUCAUUAUACACAAACAGUCUGAACAGAUCACACGCCAUGCAGCGCUCUACAUCCAUGCACCAGCUGAACUCAGAUUCUACAUUUGAUUCGUAUUCAAGUUAUGGGUCUGGCAGCUUCCAGCGGGCCAGCCUUAGGGCUUCGUUAAGUCGCCGCUUCCAUCAGGCAGAGGCAUCAGGAGGCCUCUCUGUGUAUAUCAACAACUGCUUCACUCCUGAUGAUGAGACCCGCGAUAACUUCCAUCUAUGAUAUAACCUCAGAGGUUAACUAAUGUUGAUGUUCCUACAUUGACGUCACACUCCUCACACAUCCUCUUAGUGAUGAAGCUUCAUGUCUGUGUGUGUCUUGAAGGUGAUCAAAAGAUAACAAUAUUACCUUAAGUUAACAUUUAUAUUAUGCGUUAACUCUCUUUGAUAAUAACCAAAUAUAACCUCUUUUAACGUUAAAUUAACCCAACUUGGUUUACACGCCAUGGUGCUCCAUCAGAGGACCGACUCUCUACAACACACCUACAAGCAUUGUUGGAAGGCGCCCUAGACUAAGUGAUGCGCCUCCCUGCAGCCAGGAGAAGUGUUGGCUGACAUGUCAAUAUUACUAAUGGCAAAAUAUGUUUUGAUUCCACAUGAAAUAAAAUAAAAAUACUUUUGUUACUCGCGGUUUACGAUAACUACACAUUACUCGCAGCUCCCUGACCAAGUUUUGAAGAUGUACAAUUAAUACUGGAAACAUGUUUGUGUUUGUGAGCAAUUUAUUUCCUAGGAGGUUUGUUCAUCACUUUUGGUGCCACAGACCAGGUGUUAAACAUCUACCGUGAUCCACAACACCGUAGUCCAACACCAGGCCAGGGAGGAACAGUUCUACCCAAUAUGUUGGUCACUGGCUAAUCUAAACAGGACCUUAUCUCAUAGACCCCACUCCUAAUACACCCCAAAUCUCACAGACCCUAAUCUUAAUGGUUAGAUUAGGUUUAGUUGGGGCUUAAUAUGAACUGAGGUCCAUUGAAGCUGGUAACAUGUGUUGGGACCUCAGCUGGUGUUGUUGUCCGUACUGUUUGUGUUAGGUUACCCUCGUGGUGUCCUCCAGUGAAGAAUGUAAACAAAUAAAG